AUGGCGAGCCCCGUAAUAGAAACAUGCCAUGUAGCAUGUUGUGCUAAUAGAACUCCUCGUGUUGUCUCUUGGAGUCGUAGAGGUGUGAUUGCGUUUGGUUCGUGUAAUUCUGUUGCUCUUUAUGAUCCACAGGAAGUAAGAGUUAUAACGCUUCUAAAUAAGCAUAGUGGACGAGUCAACGCUGUCCAGUGGCUUCACAGAGAGGACUGUGGUGCAGAGACACAGCUGGUAUCUGGAGGGUCAGAUAAUAAUGUCAUUGUGUGGGAGGAGCAGGAUGGCCAGUUUGGUGCGACAACAGUGUGUUCAGGACACUCAGGACCUGUGUGUGCUGUGGAUGGUUUGUUUUUGUCGCCCACUAAGUCACUACUGGCCUCUACAUCAUCAGACUCCACUGUUAAACUGUGGACAUACAGCAAUGGAACAGCCGAAUGCCUCCAGACAAUACCUUUUGGGAGUGGCUUCAUGAUGGACGUCUCCUUAGCCCUGUUGCCAGGCAGCAAAGUGCCCGUCCUGGCUUGUGGGGGCGAUGACAGCAAGGUUCAUUUGUACGUGCAGCUUGCUGGACAGUUUCAGAAAGAGCUCACACUUCAAGGCCAUGAAGACUGGGUACGUGGUGUGGAAUGGGCAGCAAAAGAUGGGGAGCUUCUCUUGGCUAGUUGUUCUCAGGACUGUCUGAUCAGAGUUUGGAGGCUGGUUUUGAAGUGUACUUCAAAACCACAGUCAUCUGCUGAAGAAAUGCUCAAGAUGAAAGAAGAUGUUUUUGAGGUAGAGGGAAAAUUGUAUGCAGUGGCUCUUGAGACAGUACUAGCUGGCCAUGAGAACUGGGUAUAUGGCAUUCACUGGCAACCACCGUUUAGCAAAGGUGGCUUAAUAGAACAGCCUCUAAGUCUGCUCUCUGCGUCUAUGGACAAGACCAUGAUCCUGUGGGGGCCGGAGGAGGCAUCAGGCGUGUGGGUAGAGCAGGUGCGUGUCGGUGAGGUGGGAGGAAACACGCUGGGCUUCUACGGCUGUCAGAUGAGCCCCGAUGGAUCAACAAUUCUGGCUCAUGCCUUUCAUGGAGCAUUGCACCUCUGGCACAGAGACCAAAGCUUGCAUGGAGAGUGGAGUCCCGCAGUGGUGGUGUCAGGCCACUUUAAUGCUGUGCAGGAUCUAAGCUGGGACCCAAAGGGAGAGUUUCUUCUCAGUGUUGGCUCAGACCAGACCACCAGGCUGUUUGCACCAUGGAGGAGGAAAGAAUGCUCACAGGUCACCUGGCAUGAGAUCUCCAGGCCUCAGAUUCAUGGCUAUGACCUGCAGUGCCUGGCCAUGGUGGGCCGCUUCCAGUUCGUGUCUGGAGCAGAUGAGAAGGUGCUGCGGGUGUUCGGGGCUCCACGAAACUUUGUGGAGAACUUUGCCAACAUAGCAGGCUUCCCUUUAAAGGAACUCUUAGCCUCACAUGAUGCAGCAGGCUUACCAGAAGGAGCCAGCAUACCGGCACUUGGCCUCUCUAAUAAGGCGGUGUUUCAAGGUGAUCUUACGAUUCAGGGGACUCAGGAGGAUGAGAAGGAUUUCAACAGUGUGUCUGAUCAAUACAAGGAGUCUUACUUCCACCCUCUCAGUCUAACAGAACCUCCACCAGAGGAUCAUCUUCUCCAGAACACGCUGUGGCCCGAGGUCCAGAAGCUGUAUGGCCAUGGCUUUGAGAUGUUUUGUGUGGCGUCAGACACCGCACAUACAGUGGUCGCCUCAGCGUGUAAGGCUUCUAAAGCAGAACAUGCAGCUAUUCUGUUGUGGAGUGCCUCCUCUUGGAAACAGCUGCAAGCUCUUUCAUGCCACAGUCUGACCAUCACUCAGAUGGCCUUCUCCCCAGAUUCACGUCUACUUCUCGCUGUGUCCCGAGAUCGCACUUGGUCAUUAUGGAGACGUGAUUUUGGCAGACCUGAUGCUUUAGAUCCUAAAUUCUCUCUCUUCACUCAUACCUGUAAGGACUCUGCCGUGCACACACGCAUCAUUUGGUCAUGUGACUGGAGUCCAGACAAUAAGUACUUUGUGACAGCCAGUCGGGAUAAGAAGGUGAUAAUGUGGGGUCACCUCGGCUCUGGGGAUCCAGUUGGUAAGAAUGACGAUCCGGUUAGUCCCUGCUCCUCUAUUCUGGAUGUGGGGGAUUCAGCCACUGCUGUGGCCAUCAGCCCUUUUCUCCUCAAAGACCAAAGUUACCUUGUAGCUGUAGGUCUGGAGAGCGGAAAGAUCCUGCUAUAUAAAUGGAGGCCAGUGAAGGAUCUGACCACUGGAUCAGACUGGAGCGAAUGUAGUGAAACCGAUAUCUUUCAGAGUCACACACUGGUAAUAAAGAGACUGUGCUGGAGGCCUCUAGUCCAUAAGCAGAAUGGAAGUGAAUGUCCAAACGACAGCACCCACCAUGCCGUGGUCCAGUUAGCGAGUGCUGGAGCUGACCGAGCCGUCAAAAUCUUCAACAUCAACACUCUAGCGCUCUAGCAGCCUCUCAACUGAUGACCCCCAGUGGCUUAAUCAGCCCCUUCACCAUGGUUUUGCUGAACUAUACACGCUCAGAGCUGUCUGCAGUACGAACUGUAGUAAAUCACUUGCUGAAUCCGGUGAAAAGCAUGCCAGGUCGUACAUUCAGUAAACGGGGAAAUUUUGCCUUGUCUGUGCAUAUUAUUGUAUGUACUUAUAAACAAAUUAUUAGAAAGGAAUAUUGUUCUAUUUAUAUAAAAAAAUGAAUAAAUGUUCUGUUGUAAUAAAGAAUGCUUUUCUAACUGAA